CAUUUGUCAAAGAUGCUUACCAAUGUCAACUGAUAAAUGUAAACCUAGGAUGGGGCUUAUUGGACCCUGGAACUGUUAUUUAGAUGGCUAUAAUGCGCUCGAAAAAUAUUUGCUUCAUCACAGUUACACAAACGAAAAUGAAACCACACGGGUCAUCAAUCAAGGAACUUCGCCUCAAUUAUUUAUCGUUUUCGGUAGUGGACCCCAUUCCUCUGCCGAAGAUUCGCAUUUAGACCACUCUCAAUUAACCUACUGGUGUCCGGAUGUCAGAGCCGCCAUGCCGAACUUAGAGACUGUUUUGUCUCAACUUAAAUGGCCUUCCGAAAAUACGGAAAAAAAUGAGAAUGACGCUCGAUUCGAUUAUAUUUAUUGUUCCGUGGGAACAGGGCAGUAUUGGAAGGAUCAAAAUAACCCUUUUAGGGUUGACGGAUACAUCGGACUUAAGCGAAUACCCUCCUUGUUUCACUGGGGUAGUGCCGAUAUAUUAGAAGAAGCCAAUUGUAAUGAUCCCGAUAUUGUUAGAGAUUUUAUAGAAAAGCAUUUGCAUUAAGAGAGGAGAGGUAUAGAGGUAAAAAAAGGGGACCAUUAUUUUUAACCCAGUGAAUAAUAUGAAAUUUUUAUCGAUAUAUAAUAUGUAUUCUCAUACUUUUCGACUUUAUAAUAUAAUAAUUUUUACGCGAAUAAAAAUGA